AUGGAUUCCUCAUCUUUGUUUCCACACACAAAGCAAGAUAAUGACACGGAAGACCUUAAUCCAGUUCCAGAGAGAAGGAGAUGGUUCAUGCUCGCUAUUUUCUCAGUAAUAACAUCCCUCAAUGCUUACCAAUGGAUGCAUAUUGGCAUUGUUAUGCCCAGCACAAUUUACUUCUGGAAUGGAUCUCUACCAAGCUCCAAACAGGGACAAGAAGAUGCAAUUUCUUGGCUUUCCAUGAUCUAUAUGCUAAUGUACAUUCCUAUGGUGGUGCCUGGUACAUGGGUACUCAAUCGAUAUGGUCUGCGAGUGGCUCUAAUAACUGGAGCAGGACUCAAUGCCCUUGGAGCUUGUAUAAAGUGUGUUUCCAUGGAGCUGUCGCAGCCCCAUGGUGUUGAAACAGUUGGAGCACUAUCUUCUUUUCCCAUUCUGAUGUUGGGACAGUGUAUCUGUGCGUUGGCCCAAGUAUUCACUCUGGGAAUGCCUGCUCAACUGGCUGCCACGUGGUUCGGUGAGUCGGAAGUUGCACUGGCCACUUCCAUUGGGGUGUUUUCUAAUCAGAUAGGCGAAUGCCUCUGUGGCGAAUACAAUGUUUUCAAAGAGAGACCAAAAACACCACCAAGCCGAGCUCAACUUAAAAGAGUUCCUCAAUUUGAAAUGGUUGACACCGGUGAUGCAAAACUUAGUUCAUAUUCAAACUCAGAUAUCGACAAUCCUGAUGUGACUACAGAGGUAGCAGUAAUGAAACGAAAUUUCUUCCAUCAAGUGUUCUGCUGCUUUAAGAACCUCAGUUUUGUUCUCCUUAUGAUUUGUUACGGUGUGAACACUGGUGUUUACUACGAAAUUGGAACACUUUUAAGCCCAAUGGUUACAAAUUUCUUCCCCGAUGAGCAUAUAACCAUUGGUUGGAUUGGUUUCACAAUGAUAAUCGCUGGGCUAUUUGGAUCAAUAGUAGCUGGAAUUAUAUUAAGGAAUACGGGUCAGUACAGACGAGUAUUCGUGGCAUUUUAUUUUUUGAGUGUGAUCAGUUGGUGCACAUUUAUGGGAAGCCUCUACAGUCCACACAUCUCAGCCCUCUUCUUCACUGUGAGUCUGCUUGGGUUUUUCCAAUCCGGUUUCCUUCCACUUGGAUUUGAGUUUGCUGCUGAGAUUACUUAUCCCAUUGAUGAGGCUAUUACGUCAGGUUUACUAAAUACCUCCGCGCAGGUAUUCGGUAUCGCGCUUACCUAUUCGUCAAUUGCGUUGCUGCAUUCUUUCGGGCCAUUGGUGACUAACAUCUUCGCUUUGGUUUGUCUUCUUGUCACUGCACUUCCCGCAUGUGAGUCUUAG